UGAGCGACCCGAGGCUGGGAGCUUUCCACGAUGUUGCCCAGAGUCAACUAAUGAGGAAAAUCAGAAGUUUGAUCCCCCUCAACUUCUGGACAGAAGUAAAGGAUCUUUUCCGAUUGGCCGGUCCAGUGGUCUCCCCUCAGCUCCAGAGAAAACAACCCAAGCUUGUCCAACCUCAUACCCUCUAAUCCAGGCAGCAUCCUGGUGAACCUCUUCUGCACCCUUUCGAAAGCCUCCACGUCCUUCCUGCAAUGGGGCGACCAGAACUGCACACAAUACUCCGAGUGAGACUCCUACCAGACGUGCUUUAGAGCAGUGUUUCAGCCAGUGUUUUGUGCCAGCUAACGGUGUAUCUCAUCGGCAUUGUCAGCUCCAUAUUCUGUGGACAUUUGGGAAAAGUUCAGCUGGAUGCAGUUUGUCUUGCUACAGCAGCUCACCAGGUGCCCACAUCCCUUCCACACAAGAGAGACUGCGGAUGCUGGAAAUCUGGAGCAACACACAUGUAACGCCGGAGGAACUCAGCGGGUCAGGCAGCAUCCGUGGAGGGAAGUGGACAGUCGACGCUUCGGGCCGAGACCCUUCAGCAGGACUGGUGAUCAAUGUAUCGGGAAUCUCCGUGGGUGCUGGAUUAGCUUCAGCCUGCGACACCCUCAUAUCCCAGACAUUUGGCAGCAGAAACCUGAAGAGAAUUGGGGUGAUUCUCCAAAGAGGGAUCAUCAUCCUCAUGAUAUUCUGCUUCCCCUGCUGGGCUCUCUUCAUUAACACUGAACACAUCCUGCUGGCGGUCCAUCAGUCUCCCGAGGUGGCCAAAUUAUCACAGCUCUACGUAUGGAUCUUUAUCCCUGGUCUUCCUGCAGCGUUUCUGUAUCAGUUGGAGAUCCGUUAUCUUCAGAAUCAGGGGAUCACUUUGCCGCAAGUCUUCACGGGACUCAUAGCCAAUGUCUUCAACGCUGUGGUAAAUUACCUCCUUCUCUACGUGCUAACUCUGGGAGUGCUGGGGUCAGCUGCUGCCAACGUUGCUUCUCAGUACUUUCAAGUUAUUCUCCUGUUUCUGUACAUUCGAUGGAAGAAGUUGCAUGUCAGGACAUGGACAGGUUGGUCGGCUGACUGCCUGCAGGAGUGGGGCAACUUUGUCCGACUGGCCAUCCCCAGCAUGCUUAUGCUGUGCAUUGAGUGGUGGACCUAUGAAGUUGGGACUUUCCUAGCAGGGCUGGUUAGUGAAGUUGAACUCGGAGCACAGUCUGUUAUUUACCAGGUGUUAACAGCAGCAUACAUGAUCCCUCUGGGAUGCAGUGUGGCUGCAAGCGUCCUUGUUGGUAACGCAUUGGGAGCAAGAAAUCCAGAGAAGGCUCAGAACUCAGCUGCAAUCGCCCUGUGCUUCAUAGGGUGCUGCUCACUGCUGAUUUCUACUACCCUUGGAGCUGCUCGAAGUGUGCUGGGUUAUGUUUUUACCUCUGACAAGGAGAUCAUUCAGCUGGUUUCAGAUGUGGACCCAGUCAUUGCCACUUUCCACUGGUUCGAGGCCAUAGCUACCGUGAGUGGUGGAGUGCUGAGGGGAGCGGGGAAGCAGAAGCUGGGAGCUAUCGGUAACCUGGUCGGCUUCUACUCCAUCGGCUUUCCCCUUGGGAUCGCGCUGAUGUUUGCUGCACAUCUUGGUGUCAUAGGUCUUUGGUCCGGAUUCUUCAUCUGUGUGGUGGUACAAGCUGCCUUCUUCUUGGUCGUGAUUUACAAAAUGAACUGGAGGAAGGCCUCCGAACAGGCAAUGAUUAACGCAGGUAUGAAGGUAAAUGUGGACACUUCUUACAGCUCCUGCAACGGCCAGGUGAACGAUAUUCCAACAGAUGCACGGACGGAGAAUAUUGCUGUGAUUGUGUUGUCCAACCUCAAUCCAGUGGAGAGCAAUGUCGAUACUGAACAGCUCAGGGAAGAAACCUCUGCGCCAGAAAUUGGUGUUACCAUCGUCGGUGAAAUCUUGUCCACAAAACAACUCAUCCUUCGCCGGGGACUGGCCCUCCUUUCAGGACCCGUGAUCCUGGGCAUCGGGCUGGUAGUACAGUUAACCGUUGCCAAGGGCACGUAGUCCCUUGGUGAAACUGGCAGAGGGAAGCAGGGAUCGAGGUGGAUUUUCGCUUCAGGAGGACUAGCCAGUACAAGACCUUGAUGUGGAACGUACAAGUGGGACGUCAAUUGGGAGUUGCCAGCUGUUCCAAAUUCUCAUGGGGUGGAGAACCACUGGUAGCAUGCAUGGACCUGAUGCACAAUCCACAAUCCAAAGGUCUCCAAAUUCCAAACAAAAGGAGUCAUUGCUAGCAAUCAAGCAUCUGGUAAUUGGGUUAUUAUUGUCACAUGUACUGAGCUACAGUGAAAAGCUUUUGUUUGCGCACCAUCCAUACAGAUCAUUCCAUAAGUAAGUACAUCGAGGUAGUACAAAAGGGAAAACAAUGCAGAAUGUAGUGUUGCAGUUUCGGAGAAAGUGCAGUGCAGGUGGACAAAUAAAGUGCAAGGGCCACGACGAGGUAGAUUGCGAGAUCAAGAGUUCAUCUUUUAGCAUAUGAGCGGUCUGUCCAAGUGUCUGAUCACAGUGGGGUAGCAGCUGUCCUUGAGCGGUGGUACAUGUUCUCAAACUUUUGUGUCUUCUGCCUGAUGGAAGAGGGGAGAAGAGACAAUGACUGGGGCGGGAGGGGUCCUUGAUUCUGUCGGCUGCUCUCCCGAGGCAGCGGGAAGUGUAGACGGAGUCAGUGGAGGGGAAGCUGGUCUGCGUGAUGGACUGGGCUGUGUUCACAACUCUCUGCAAUUUCUUGCGGUCUUGGGCAGAGAAGUUGCCAUCAAGCACUUGAAUUGCCGAAGCAUAGAAGGCUAUGGGCACAGUGCUGGAAGAUGGGAUUAGUAGGGGUGGGUGCCCACUGGUAGGCAUGAACAUGGUGGGCUGAAUAGCCUGUUUCCAUGCUGUGUGCCUCUAUCUAUGGCACUAUCUAUAACCUGGAUCAACCGAUGCUGCCCAAAUUUUCAUUAGAUUGGCAGUAUCUAAUAUUCAGUGAAGGACUCGUAGAUGCAAAAGCUAUCCAGAUUUGGUUCAGGGGCUUAAAUUCGGCGGCUGUUUCAGACAUUAUUGUUGAGGACCACUACUAUCAGAGAGGGAUGAAAUAUGGUUUUCCGCUGCUAGGGGAACACAUUUACCAGUUAUUAAUAAUUCCCUGCAGUUGCUCAUCAGCAGUUAAGUGGUAUGUUUUGCUGAGGAUUACGCAGUGUGAAAUGUUUUAUUCUUCUGCUGAGUUGGAGCUCUUUUGAGCUUGAGGUUCUUGAGACUGAUGGCUGUGGACACCAGACUUAGCUGGAGGGUAAUUGCUCUUCGAGGGGAAGGGUGGGAGAGGAAUUUUGACAGUGGAUGUGUAAAUGACUGACUCAGGAGCAGCAGGCAAAGAUGGUUGGUGGAGCUUCAGACCCUCCAAGGCAGAGGAAGCCCAUCUGAUUCCAGAAGAUGCUUUGCAUUCCCAAGCGAGUUCGGCAGGAUGUCCCCAAGGUGAGCAACAUGCCACCUGCCAAUCACCAGGGCACAGAGCAGGUCAUGUGAAGCAUGAAAGCCACACCUCCCCGAUAGCCUAAUUGCCAAUCAGCGACAAGACCCGGUACCUGGAUUCCCUUUAUGAAGGUAUAAAAGAAUUUUUAAAAUUGACAUGUUAGUUUAAUUGACUGGGGGACUUGGAAACAACAGGAAAUAAGCCCAGGCAAAGUACUGCAGAUACUGGGAACCUGAAAUAGAGACUGCUGGAAAUACUCAGCAGGUCAGGCAGCAUCUGUGGAGAGAGGAGCAGAGUUAACGUUUCACGUCGCUGACCUUUUAUCAGAACUGAAAAAGGUGGAAAUGAAACAAGGUUUAAGUUGCAGGGAAAUGGGGGUGAGGUUUCGAAAUAGGUCUUUAAAAGGGAGGGAGAUCGAGAGGACUCUGCAGCACAGAUUGUGGCUGCCCACUGUGAAAGCGCUGUUGAAUAACAAAAGGGAUGUCAGAGGAGCAGGCAAAUUAAACCUAAAAUACCCUCAGAGAAAAUGAAAAACACCUGACUGCUGGAGAUGUGUGACACAGGGCUGGAGUGGCUGACUAUCUGAGACUAUCCAAUUCAGUGUUGAGUUCCGAGGGCAGUAAUAUCCCUAGUGGGGCGAGGAGGUGCUGUUCCUCACGCUUAUAUCGAGGAACAUUGGGACAGUGUCUGAGGUCACGGAACAGAAAAUCAUAAUGAUAGCGACUGGAAGCUCAGGGGCAUCUUUGGGGACUGAACGGAGGUGUUCUACGAAGUGGAAUAAGCCAAGGAAGCUGAGAAGCGAAGAACAUAACCAUGAAAAAGAACCAUCCAUUUUAUGGUUGUAAAUAGAACAAGCUUUUAUUCCCUCUUACCUCUUUUUUUUUCUUAAGAUCUUCACAUCUAAUGAUUGCAUAACACUGGCACAUUAGAGCCAUUGGAAUUGCUGUAGAAUGAAGUGAUAUUGUCAAGUUCAGGAUGCUCUGAGGCAUUAACACCAACCCAGGCAACAUUCCUACCCGUGUUUUUCAGACAAUUUGACAAGAAACCCUUGCUAAAUUAACUGCUUCACUACUUUUCCAUGGAAAAGCGCAGAAAUUUUCCCGUCUUUAUCCUGGUGAUUCCCAGGAGACGCGGUGAGAGUAAAAGUGGGAUUCUGCGUCAGUGUAGAGGCAUCAAGGGAAGAUGUUUACCUCUCCCCAUCGGGGAGGGCGGUAACAUCAAACCAAACAAUUAUUUUGGGCCAACGCGCAAAGGUGCUCGAGGUCUCAGCGGGUCGGGCAGCAUCUGUGGAGGGAAACGGACAGCCGAUGUUUUGGGUCGAGAACCUUCACCGGGACUGGGAAGAAAGAGGGGAGAGAGCUGGUAUAAAGAGGUGGGGGGAAGGGGUGGAGCAAG